AUGUCGAGAUUGCCUCGUCUCAGAAGCUCAUCGCCAGACAGGACCGAAUCCGGACCCUCGCUGGCGACAAGAGUGACCCUCAAACGCAAAGCCACCAUCGACGAGGAACAAGAAAGCGAUGACCAGCCUCGAAAACUGCCAGCUAUUGGGGCUAGUCGCCCUAACCGAACCCUUCAGCCAUCUCGCACUGCAAUGAACCUCGCAGCAAGUACCGGAAAAGCGCCAUCACCAAAUCUUCCAAAGCCACUGACGAAACCACGCGCUCCAGCACUUACAAGAUCAACAACCACUAGGGGUACGAGUGCACCGCCUGUUGGGGCCGCAGGCAGAGUGGCGGCAAAGCCCACAUCAGCAAGGGCCACUACGGGGAGGACUGUCUCGGGGCCUCUUGCAGGAGGGCGAUCAUCCGACGACAAACGGUUCAAUGAGCUCCAAUCCCAACUAACAUCAAUCGAAAAGGCACGAGCGGCCGAUGCUGCCCGGCUAGCAGCCGAUAUGGAAGCAGAGCGCGAUAAAGUCGCGGAACUGCAAUCCAACCAUCUAGCCUUGUCUCGGGAGCUCGCCACUGCCAAGUCACAGGAAAUCAACCAACGACGAGAGCUCGUGCACGCAUCGGAUGAGAUUGAGAACCUUAAGAAGAAGCAUGCGCGGGAGGUCAUGGAUCUGGAGAUGGAUGUGAAGAAGCGGGACAGGGAGAUCAGAGAAGUCUCGGAGGACUUGAGGAUGUGUCGGAGCGAUUUGGAGAGGGAGAGGGAGACGGUGUCAACCCUCAAAUCGACCAUCUCUCACCAGUCUACGUCGCAGCUGACGUUGACGACGCAGAACCAGGCGAUGCAGGCCCAGGCAACGGCGCUGCAAUCACAGAUUGAUGUUUACGCCAGGACGGUCUCGGAGCUGACGCUCAAACUUGAAUCUGCACAGAAGGAGGUCGAUGACCUGAAAAAAGAGGCUAUGGAGAGCGAGACUGUGCGAAGGAAACUCCAUAACAUGGUUCAGGAGCUCAAGGGCAACAUUCGCGUCUUCUGUCGCGUUCGCCCUGUGCUGCCUUCAGAUUUCCCCUAGGACCUUCAAGCCAACAUGGUAUUCCCUGACCGCAGGGAUCACAAGGAGAUUGUGCUCUCCUCUUGUAGUGAAAGCGCUACUGGCCAGCAGAGAAACGAGGUGUAUAACUUUGGCUUUGAUCGGGUAUUCGAGCCGGAGUCAACGCAGGCUGAAGUAUUCGAAGAAGUCUCCAUGUUGGCGCAGAGUUGCACGGAUGGCUACAACGUCUGCAUCUUUGCAUAUGGGCAAACUGGCUCUGGCAAAUCGUUCACCAUGGAGGGAGGUCCGUCGGAGGCAUCAGCUGGCAUGAUUCCUCGAGCAGUGGAACAAGUCUUCCGCGUCGCGGAAGAGAUGAAGAGUAAAGGCUGGGAGUACAAAAUGGAAGGACAAUUCCUCGAAAUCUACAACGAAACCAUCAACGACCUCCUCGGCACCUCCGAGUUCGACAAGAAGAAACACGAAAUCAAACACGACCCCAAGACUGGCAGCACCCGUGUAACUGACGUCAACGUCAUCCCAUUGCAUUCCGCCUCCCAAGUCCGUUCCCUACUCUCCCUUGCCCAAUCCCGACGGAGCGUAGCCGCCACGCUCAUGAACGAACGUUCCUCCCGCUCCCACUCUGUCUUCACAUUGCGGAUUAGCGGUGUGAACGUCGGGAUGGGCGGGACGGGGGGCACUGGUGAGAAAUGUGAAGGGAGUUUGAACCUUGUCGAUCUGGCUGGGUCGGAGAGGCUCAAUGUCAGCUUUGCGAGCGGGGCUCCUGUGGAGAAGGAGAGGGUGAAGGAGACGCAGAGUAUCAACAAGAGCUUGAGUGCCUUGGGCGACGUGAUUGCGGCGCUUGGGGAGAAAGGUGAGGGGGCGAAUGGCAAACAUAUACCUUAUCGGAAUUCGAAGCUCACUUACUUGCUUCAAAACUCGCUCAGUGGGAACUCCAAGACCUUGAUGGUGUUGAAUCUUUCGCCUCUGGCCGCUCAUAUGAAUGAAUCCUUGACCUCGCUGAGGUUUGCUACCAAAGUCAACAACACCACCAUCGGAACAGCAAAGAAGCGUACUUCGUGA